GGAAAAUUUACAACUCGAGAUUUCGUAGAGAACACAUCAAAAAAUCUUUUGAAACAUGCAAAUCCUAAAGCUUUCGAUCCUAAACCUUUUAUAAGAACCUUUGAAAGAUCUAUUGAUGAGCUUCUCAAACUUAGAGAAACUGUAACCGAACAAAGCAAAGAUUUGGAAGCGACUGUACAAUUGACAGAAGCGGGUCAUCGUAAAAAAUUGCAUGAGCUUAAAACUACUUUUGAGGAUGUUGUACAUUCCUUUGAAAAUUUAGAAACCAGAAUUAAUGAAGUUGGUAAUACCGCUAUUAGAAUAGGGGAGCAAUUAGAAACCAUUGAUAGACAAAGACUCCGAGCUUCUGAAUCAAAAGAAUUAAUUGAAUAUUUCAUGGAAUUUAAUAAAGGCGACAUAUCAAGAUUGGAGAGCUUAAGAGCUCAGGGAACUGAAGGUCAAUUUAAGGCUUCUAUUAUCGCUAGAAGGUUGAAUACUAUUGCGAAAGAAGUGGAUAUUCCUGGUGCCGAAGAUGCAGGUGCACGUAUCGAAAAAUAUUGUGAAGUUUUGGAGAAAGAGUUGCUUGAUCAAUUUGAUAAGGCGUAUAGACAGAAGGAUGCCAAAACCAUGCAUAAUUGCGCAAAAAUUCUUCAAGAGUUUAAUGGUUGUGAGUCAUGUAUCAGGUUAUACGUUAAUCAGCACCAAUUUUUUAUCACAAAAGUAAAUCUUAGCCAAUCAACCGAAUUUCUAACAAGCUCAAGUUGGAGUGAUCUGCCGAAUCCUCAGGUACCGCCUCCACCCGUUGAUCAAGGGCUUGUUAAUCUUUACCAAGAGAUUAGAACGACAGUUAAGCAAGAGGCUGAAGUUAUAAAUGUUGUCUUUCCUGAUCCGGUUGGAGUCAUGCAAGUUUUCUUGCAACGUAUUUUUGCUCAAUUGAUUCAGACAUAUCUUGAAAGUCUAUUGUUGCAUGCUGAAAAUAAUUCAACAUUAGCUUAUUUACGCUGUUUAGUUGCUGCACAUAUUGCGACCAAAGAACUCGUUGAAGACUUGAAAGGCUUGGAUAUGCGCCAGAAAGGUUUAUCUAAUACUAGUUAUUUGGAUGCAAAUGAAGCAUCACAUAAUAGUGGUACAAUUGCAGAAAUUUUAGAACAAUGUAUUAGAGAUCUGUUCGUACCAUAUACUGAAGGUGACCGUUACAUCGAAAAAGAAAAAAAAUCAUUAGGAGAAUUAUAUUCAUCCUUACUAUUACAGUUUACAGCUUAUUAUACACAGCAAAAACAGUUGCGUGCGGGCAGCUUACUUGGUCGUGCAUUCAAUCAGAUAACAUUAUAUUCUAAUACCAAUCUUAUGGAUGUUCCGACCACAGAAGAUGAUGGAAACUUGUCAGUUAAUUCAGCCAUGUUGAUGCUUAAAAUACAUGCAGAAGCAAUAAGGCGUGCCAUGAAGCUUAGUCCAUUUACCGAAUUACCAAAAUUUGCCGGAGUAUUGUUUCACGUUCUUUUAGAUAACAUCGGAAAGCAAUAUAUUGAAACUGCCUUGGACACUUGUCUUGAUCAAAUCUCUGUUAUGGAUCCAAAAUCAGAGUUUUUUUUUAAACCAUUUUCUGUGAUAAAGAUCACUGGGGAAAUUAUACAUAUAGUUCAAAAUCAUUUUCAAUCUGCAAUUCUUCCUUUGGCUUCGCCAUCAUUGACUAUGCAUCGUGACCUUACCUCUGAUAAAAAUAGAUUUAUGAUUGGGGUAGAAAAUAAAAUCAAUUUGACUGUACAAAAAAUGAUCGAUGCUAUUAUUGCUCGGUUGAAUUAUUUACUAUCUCGUCAGAAAAAAGUCGAUUUUCGGCCUAGGGAUGAGGACGAUGUGAUUGCAAGUCUAGCAACUGCACCUUGCAAUAAUUGUGUCGAAUGUCUGAAAAAAGUUCAUACAAACGUUAGCAAGUGCCUUGAUGGCAAGAAUAUGGAACAUUUCUUGACUGAAAUAGGAAAUUCAUUUCACAGCAUGUUAUUGGAACAUUUCAAAAAAUUUAGUGUGAGUCCGGCUGGUGGUUUAGUUUUAACAAAGGACAUUGCUAAAUAUCAAGAAACUAUUACUAUUUUUAAACUUUCCCAAUUAGACGAGCGAUUUGAAAUGCUUCGUCAACUUGGCAAUCUAUUUAUUGUCAAGCCUGAAAUUCUGAAAUCUGUGCUUAAUGAAGGAUACCUUGCUAACGUGGAUAUCAAAUAUAUACUUCCUUAUCUUCAAGCUCGUACAGAUUUCAAAUCGGCCGGGAUUGAUACGCUUCUUGGUGCGACCAUUGAAAUCGGCACUGGAGAACGUAACUUUAAUGAAAAAGCUAAAGCCAGGCUUGCAGCCAUGGGUCUCAAUAUUAGUCUUGGAAGUGACUAUUAUUUAUGGAGUUAA